ACGAUGUAAAUAAAUAGGCCAAAAAUAUGGGAAGAUGAAGGACUUCAAGGAAGAAUACAUUAUAAUAUUUAUUGUCUAGUGUUAUUACAUAUAUAUUUUUUUAAUUUUUUUUUUCAGAGCACUGCUUAGCUCUGGUUUAUGGUGGUGUAGGGAUUAAACCUGGGACUUUAAAGCCUCAGGCAUGGGAGUCUCUUUGUAUAACCAUUAUGCUAUCUACCCCUGCCACAUUAUAUGUAUAUUACACCAUCUGACAUUUGUUUCACCUACAAAUGUAAUAUAUUUACUUAGGCCUUUCUUCAAUAUCUUUAAACAAGAUUGUACCAAUUUCGCAACAAUGCACUGCACAUUUUCUGCCUACUUUUUUCCCUCAGUGUCAUCUUUUUAUUGAUAUUACAGAUUAUAAAUUCAGUGGGGCUUUUGGUCUUAUGAAUGAAAUGGUGGCUGUCUCACACCUAAAGCACAAUGCUUCAAUAUACACAUGCUUAGUAGGAGAUACUUUAGUCAAGCUAGUGAGAUAUGUCUCCCCAUAGUGAGGUUUUGUUUGAAGAAGGGUGGUCCCUGAGACUGACUCUCAGCAAUGCUCUAGUAUGGAAUGUGAUAUUGUUAACUGGUGAUACAAUCAGUCCACUGGCAUGGUCCAGGAGGUGGUGCAGUGGAUGAAGCAUCGGACUCUCAAGCAUGAGGUUCUGGGAUCAGUCCCUAGCAGCACAUGUACCAGAGUGAUGUCUGGUUCUUUCUCUCUCUCCUAUCUUUCUAGUUAAUAAAUAAAAUCUUUAAAAAAAAAAAAAAAAGACAAUCAGCCUACUGGCUACCAGAUGGCUGAGUCAGCUUCACCCUUCAAGACUGUAACUUUUUUACUCUCCAAACAGCAUCUCUCCACGCCUGGGAGCCACCCUUCUCCUCACUGCCUCUGAAUGCAACUGGGACUCAGAGUCCACAUACAGCUGAGGCCAUGCAGUGCUUCUCUUGUGUUGGCUUGUUUCACUUAAUGCAGUGCCCUUCAGUUUCAUCCAUAAUGUCUUACGUGGCAUGCAAGUGGAAACAAGGCUCUUCCCAAAACUUCAGAUCACUAAGCACUGAGGUUAUGCCUGUGGCCAGUUUCCACCACGCCCAUAAGCAAACUCUGCUCUCUACCCAUUAAGAUGCAUACAGCCAUGCAAAAAGCUGGCCUGGAAAAAUAACACCCUGUCAUAUUUGCAUCUCUCAAGUGGUGUGUGGUCCUCAGGCGAGGCUAGUGGACAGAAACACCUGGGCUUAUUAUAAGCAUCUGCGUCAUGAAAGAACUGGAAGCAUUAUACCUCUACUCUUAGGAUGUGCCAAUGGGUGUCCAAGAAAGAUUCUUAUGAAACUUCAUCCCUCUAAGUUUCCUGCGAAGAAUUAGCUUACACCUACUCUAGGGCAAGAGUUUGGUGCCUUCUGACGGUAGGUCUCAGCUGCGGAUGAACAGUCUUUCUUCUCUGUCAAGCAACAGGUGGGUCUUAGAGCCACCCAGGAAGCAGGGACAGCAUGCUGACUCUGAGUCCUGUCAUCACCGUGUCCUAUGGAGUCAAGAGUGCCUUUCUGGUCCUCUCCAUCCUGGAGUUCUCCCUGGGGAUCCUGGUUAACAGCUUCAUUGUCCUGGUCAAUCUCUGGGACGUGGUGAGAAGACAGCCGCUGAGUCACUGCAACCUGGUCCUGCUGUGUCUGAGCCUCACCCGGCUCUUCCUGCAUGGGCUGCUCUUCCUGGAGGCCAUCCAGCUCAUCUACUUCCAGAAGAUGAAAGACCCACUGACCCUGAGCUACCAGACCAUCAUCUUGCUCUGGAUGAUUGUCGAGCAAGCCAGCCUCUGGCUGGCCACCUGCCUCAGUCUCCUCUACUGCUCCAAGAUCAUCCGCUUCUCUCAUAUCUGCCUGGUCCACCUGGCCCGCUGGGUCUCCCAGAGGAUGGGGCAGCUUGUCCUUGGGGCCGUCUUCUCCUCUGCAGUCUGCACUGUCUUCUGCUUGGGGUGUUACUUCAACCAAACUGGCUUCUUGGACAACAGUGUGUUUUUCCUGAAUGGCAGUGCCGAGCAGGCCUUGCAGGUGCCCAAGCUCAACUUGUUCUUCCACUCCUUCCUCUACUGCAGCCUGAACACUGUCCCCACAUUCCUGACUCUUCUGGGCUCCUCGGGGUUGCUGAUUGUCUCCCUGGGGAGGCAUCUGAAGACCAUGAGGGCCAGCUCCAGAGGUGCUGGUGACCCCAGCCUGGAGGCCCACAUCAGAGCGCUCAAGUCCCUGGUGCCCUUUCUCUGCCUCUACAUCGUGUCUUUUGGAGCAGCACUGCUCUCCUUACCUCUGCUGUUGCUGUGGCACAAGAAGGUUGGAGUCAUGGUCUGUGUGGGCGUCAUGGCAGCCUGUCCCUCAGGACACGCCAUCAUCUUGAUCACAGGGAACCCCAAGCUGAGGAGGGCUGUGAGGAGCCUGCUGGUCUGGGCUCAGAGCAUCAGGAAGGUGAGGGUGGAGUCCAGGAAAUCAGUGCUCUGCUGAGAGCUCUGCUGAGACUCAUGGGCUCCUGAUACACAUGCGUCUGAUUGUUCUUAAGAUUUUGGAAACCGGGACUGGGGGAACAGCAUAAUGGUUCUGCAAAUGAUUCUUGUGCCUGUGGUGCUGAAGUCUUAGGUUCAUUCCACAGCAGGGCAACAAACCAGACCUGAUCAUUGUUCUG